GCUCAACGCCCGGCGAGGCGGCGGCCCAUUGGCCCGCGGUCACGUGCGGAGGGAAGCGUCUUCCUCCACCAGUCGGCUUCGGAAGAGGCGGUGCAGCAGCGGCGGGGUCCGGGCGGAGAGCGGGGUCCCGGGGCGGCCCGCCGGCCACAGGCACAGAUCACCGACAGGAUGUCAGACCUUCCCGAGGAAGGCGAGACAAUCUCCCGGAUGCCGGCGGCUGUGACGGAGGCACAGAUCACCGACAGGAUGUCAGACCUUCCCAAGGAAGGCGAGACGGUCUCCCGGAUGCCAGCGGCUGUGACGGAGAAGAUGCCGGUGGAGACGGUGGGAGCCGGCACACGGGAGCAAGGAGACGUCCCCCACCCCUCAGAUGCGGAGGGAUUCCUCUCGGACCAGGAUUGGGAAGAUCAGACGGAGGGGAAGGCAGAGCUGUCGCCUCAGCUGCCUGGAGACUCGAAUGCCGUGUCCCAGGCCGCCUUCACAGAAGAUGUGAGGGCGAUCAAGGGCGAGACGGCCCCUGGCACAGACACUGCCCCUCGUGCGCCCCCAGCAGCGGAUGGUGCCACAGACGCCACCGACGAGCCUCCACACCAGACCGUGAGUGACGCCCCACCAGCCCUGGCGCGGGACGUGGAGGAGAUUCGGGAUCUGGGCGCGCAGGAGGAGAUGGGGCAGGUCCGCAAGAGGCGAGCGGUGACCCCCGGCAAGGCGACUCCGCGGGCUGCGCUGGUCCCAGCCGGGGUGGAGGAGGAGUGGGGCGGAAUCACGCUGAACAAGUGCCUCCUGCUGGCUCUGGUGUUGGUCGCCGUUGGCUUCGGGAUCUUCGGUCUUGCUAGCUACCGCGGGCCUGAGGAAGACCCCGAGCAGCUGGACAAGCGAGCGGUGGAUGGGGGGCAUCAUCACGGCGACCCUGAGCUACCACCCAGUGGUCAGCUGUGGAUGGAUCCCACACUGGAGAACGCAGAGGAGACGCCGUCCACCGCCAGCCCUCUGAGUGACCUGCUGGAUAAACUGGACAAUGAAAGUGAUCAGAUCCAGAUGAUGCACGUUGGCCUGAAGGCGCAGGUGGUGGAGUUGGACCAGCUGCUGCGCGAGGACGGCGGGCGGCUUCCCAUUGGCUCGCGGGAGACGCUGCGCGGCCUGUGGCAGCGGCUGGCCGACCACGUGUCGGUGGGGGAGGCUGCGCUGCGGGGGCUGCGGGAGGGGGUCCGGGCGCUGAGGGCGGCGGCGGAGGGUCCUGGGACCGCUCCAGCCCGCGACAACCUGCUGGCCGAGGCCCUGAUGCUGCGGCGGGAGCUGGACAGGCAGCGAGGGCUGGUGGCUGCGGCGCGGGAGGCGCUGGCGGCCUGGGCCCAGCGGGCGGACGGUCCCGGGGACGGGGCGGGGGCCGAUGCUGAGGACCCCGAGCUGCUGCGGCUCCUGGAGGAGCUGGAGCGCCGGGCCUGGCAGCCGGAGCGGCCCGGAGCCCCCCAACCUGGGGGGGUGCGGGGCAAUGGGACGGGGGAGGCGGAGACCGGGGGCCCCGACCUGCGGGGAGGGGGCGGCGGCAGCUCAGGGUCCCCCGGUGUCCCGGGGGAGGGUGGGAAGCGGAGGGGGAGAGACGAGGGGGGCAGGGGGUGGGACAAGAAGGUCAGAGGGCGGGGAGACAAGGAGAGGAUCAGAGGGCGGGGAGGCGAGGAGGGGGGCAGACCGAGGAUCAAGGGGGGUAGAGAAUGGGAAGACAAGGAGGAGGGUGGGAGCUGGGACAGGAAAGGCAGAGGACGGGGAGACGAGGAGAGGGCCGAGGGGAGAGGUGAGGAGGGGGGCAGGCCACACCGACACCACGACCACAACAGGUUCUGGGAGCCGGGCCGUGAGCUGGCGGGGGGCAGACACCGGUACAGCGCGCCGGUGGGCUGCAGCGACCUGCCGAGCUGCGCCCGGCGCGAGGGGCGGGAGCUGUUCGGCGUGGACCUGCAGCCGGUCACCGACCAGCAGCUGACCUCGGCCAUCGCCGGCUACGUCCGGGACUCCGGGCUGGGGCCGGGACUGGCCCGGGAACUGGCCGCCCGCUCAGCCCCCUUCUUCCAGGGCGGCGUCUUCCUUCACCACCGCGUCCGCCUGGCGGAGUUCCUGGACCAGCUAGAGGAGACGGCGGAGGAGGCGGCGGAGAGGGAGCUGGGAGACGAGGACGCAGCUGGAGACUUCGAAGAUUACGUCUGGGCCCGGCUGGUGGGGGAGAAUGCUGUCCGCAGCAGGAACGCCAAGAAGCACAAGCAUAAGAUCCCCGAUCACCGCCACAAGGAACACGGAGAUCGUCAGACGGCAGGGGAAGGAUACAAGAGGGAGCAGGAAGUGAAGUGGUCGCCGAGGGUUAGCAGGGUGUUGGAGGGAGGUGGACAGGUGGCCCCAUAGCAUCCAGUCGCCGCUGUGUGAGUUUGGUGUGUGGUGCGUGUCGCUUUGACAGCCAGCCGUGAGCUGCCCCUGUACCCUCUCUGUUUGCCCCACUUUGCAGCUCACCCCCUCCCCCUUUACGAUGGAUGCUUGUGCGGAUGUCAUUCAACCUUCCCCCCCACCAACCCCAGCUCAACCCUUUCCCUGGGGGCCCCCACCUUCAAUCAUUAACUGGUUUCCCCUCUCCUGGUUCGCCUCUCCCUCCGAGGCUCCCAGGACACUCCCUGCUCUGAAUCCACACCCCCCCAGCUGCUUGGCACACUUGCUGCUACUGGGAUCCUGCUGUGCCCCUUGAAUGGCCCUUCAGAAAGUGGGCUUAGAUCCCAAACAUUGCGGUGGCCGCAUAGAAUGAGGCCAUUUGGCCCAUCCAGCCCAUUCCCUCGGUAGUUUUCACCCCAGUUACCAACUUCCAGGAUCACGGAAUUGUAGGCAAAAUUGCUACCUUACCAGAAACUGCCCUGAUUGAUGGGUGGACACCCCACUCCCAUGAUCAAUAACUAGUCAGACUUAUGUUGCAAUAGGAGGUGAGGUGAACUGGUUGACCACAGUACCAGUGUUCAGCUUUCUUUCUGGAAGGUUUUUUUCAAAUAACACACAAUCCAGCAAGAAAAGUGCCAAUCUGUGUGUGACGGGACGGUGCGGAGGGAGCUUCACCCUGUGUCUGACCCCGGGAGUGUGUGACGGGACGGUGCGGAGGGAGCUUCACUCUGUGUUUGACCCCAGGAGUGUGUGACGGGACGGUGUGGAGGGAGCUUCACCCUGUGUCUGACCCCGGGAGUGUGUGACGGGACGGUGUGGAGGGAGCUUCACCCUGUGUCUGACCCCGGGAGUGUGUGACGGGACGGUGUGGAGGGAGCUUCACUCUGUGUUUGACCCCAGGAGUAUGUGACGGGAUGGUGCGGAGGGAGCUUCACCCUGUGCCUGACCCCGGGAGUGUGUGACGGGACGGUGCGGAGGGAGCUUCACCCUGUGCCUGACCCCGGGAGUGUGUGAUGGGACGGUGCGGAGGGAGAUGUCUCUCACUCUCUCUCUCUCUGUACUCCCCACCCUGUUAGCACCAAACAACUGAUUUUACAGUACUGACACUUUAAAAAAAUACCCCAAGAACAUAGACUAUUUAAAUCUUUAACUAUUUAAUUGUGAUUGAGUUGAAUCUUGUGGCCUUGAUGUUAAAAGCAGUGUAGAGAAGAUGUACAUAAUUGAAUAAAACUGCCUCUCAACUUGAA